UUUCAGAAAAAUUGCACAAAAUGCGGAAUGACGAUUGAUUUAGUCAGUUUGGAUGGAAAAUGCCGAAGUUAAUUAUAAUCCUUAGCGGUAAAAGAAAGAGUGGGAAGUCUUUCCUCACUGAAGCUUUGACUGAUUAUUUUGGCGGUGAUAACUGCUGUGUGUUGACACUAGCUGCACCUCUGAAAAAGCAGUACGCAGAAACACAUGGAUUAGAUUACAACCGACUUCUUGAUACAUCAGGCUAUAAAGAGCUAUAUAGAAUAGACAUGAUAAAAUUUGGGGAGCAUAAACGAGCCAUGGAGCCUUCUUGUUUUUGCACUAUGGCCAUAGACCAAAUUGAGGAGAAAUUCCGAAAAGACGAAUCUAAAAUUUGGAUAGUAUCAGAUGCUAGAAAUAAGUAUGACAUUGACUAUUUUAUUGCCAAUUACGGAAAAGAACGAGUGAAAUUAGUGAGAGUUGUGGCGUCUGAUUCAGUUCGAGAUACGAGAGGAUUUGUUUUUACUCGAGGCGUUGACGACAAUAACUCUGAAUGCGAAUUGGAUGAUUUUGAAACAUGGGAUUUGGUGUUUUGGAACAAUAACUCGUCCGAGUUUGAAAAUAUUAUGACUCAAUUGAGAGAUCUUAUUUAUUCGUGAUACUGCACCAUUAUGGUGUUGAACCAGAAUACGUUUUGGUAGAUUCUUCGAUUAGAUUACAGCCUAUAAUCUAAGAUUUUUUGCUUGA